AUGGAUGCAAAGCAGGAAAGACUUGACGAUUACGAACUUAUCUACAUCCCUCAGUGGUCCCAAGACCAACUUGACAAAAUGGUCCGCGAGGCCCGCGCCUCACUCACCAAGGAGCUUCAGAUUGAGUUCCAAGCCAAGACCGAUCAGAUCAAGGCCACUCAUGAACGCGUCUUGAACUCCAAGGUCAUUGACCUCAAGUCGCAACACGAGGUCAAGGCUUACGAGAUGACUCGGAUCCACGACAAGAACGUCGCUGCCCUCAAGGACCAGAUCGCGACACUCGUCAAGGAGCAGGAAGGCCUUAAGAAGCAGCUGGCCGCCUCCAAGGAAGCUUACAAGCGCAUUGAGAACCGCCUAGCCAAUGAGUUUAUCAAGAACUAG